AUGGAUACCUAUUAUUUGAAUUCUUCUUCGUCCUUCAGUUCAUCCGAUAAUCUCGAAGAAGACUAUGAACAGUAUAACACUGUGCUCAUGCCGAGCAUCUUCGGUGUCAUAUGUUUCUUUGGCAUCAUCGGGAACUCUAUCGUCAUGUACACCAUCGUGAAGAAGACCAAGUUCGGCUCCCACCAGACCGUGCCGGACAUAUUUAUCUUCAGCUUGUCCAUGGCGGACCUCCUCUUCCUGCUCGGCAUGCCCUUCCUGAUCCACCAGCUGGUCGGCAACGGCUCCUGGUGCUUCGGUGGCACCAUGUGCACGGUCAUCACGGCCCUGGACUCCAACAGCCAGACCGUGAGCACCUACGUCCUGACCGUGAUGACGCUGGACCGCUACCUGGCCACCGUCCACCCCAUCCGCUUCAAGCACGUUCGGACGCCCUUCAUGGCGGGGGCGGCGGUGGCGCUGGUGUGGGCGUUCUCUCUGGUGUCCAUCACCCCGGUGUGGAUGUACACGGGCCUCAUGCCGCUCAAGGACGGCUCGGUGGGCUGCGCCCUCCUGCUCCCCAACCCGGCCACCAACACAUACUGGUUCACCCUCUACCAGUUCCUCCUGGCCUUCGCUCUGCCCUUGGCGAUCAUCUGCGUCGUCUUCUUCAAGAUUCUCCAGAACAUGUCGUCCACGGUGGCUCCUCUGCCUCAGCGCAGCAUCAGGGUUCGUACCAGAAAGGUGACCCGCAUGGCCGUCGCCAUAUGCCUGGCUUUCUUCGUAUGCUGGGCCCCCUACUACAUCCUGCAGCUGGCCCACCUGGGAGUCCAGCGGCCCAGCUUCGCCUUCCUGUACGCCUACAACAUCGCCAUCAGCAUGGGCUACGCCAACAGCUGCAUCAACCCCUUCAUCUACAUCCUGCUGAGCGAAACGUUCAAGAGGCAGUUCAUCGUGGCGGUUCGACCGUCCCGCAGGGGCUUCAGGGUGGCCCCCGCGCUGACUGAGGACGGUUUGAGGGCGGCGCCGGGGGAGCUGCUCCAGAGCAUGCUGCCCGUCACCGUGGCCGUGCACUGA